AUGACUUUCGUAUACGAAACUUCCUAGUAAGCUUUUAAAUUUGUGCAAGUCAUCAAAAAUUAAGGAAAAUAUUAAUUUUAGUGUUUUGAUGCUUUAAUUCAAUCAAAAAACAAUUAAAAACAAUAGUUCAUAAUCAUUUACUUAAGUGAAGAGAGGAGGAUGGACGUUUUUCCUACUAAAGACUCGCUGACCGUCACUGAAUCAUUUGAAUUCAUAAUACCUUUUGCAUAUUAUGAUACAAAUGAAUGUUUGGAAGAGGAACAUCGUGGAAAAUUAUCAAGAUACAUAAUUCAUUCUGUGCUUGGAAAGAAUCAUGAAAGAAAACUCAACAAAGACGACUUCAAGCAUUUAAGCAGCAUUUUAGUCGAAUUAUUUCCAACUGAAGUGGAGUCAACAUAUUUUGUUCCGUCAACUAGAGGAUGUGUUCCAACUGGAAAGUUAUACUCAAGUUAUUUGAACUUGAGAAAUUCUCUUGUCAAAGUCGGCUUGAUUGGAAGAGAAGCAAGGCGUGUUGGGCAUGUAUUAGAACAAAACGAUAGCUCAAUGGAUAUUUUUGGUCCGACAAUUGAUACAGAUGCUAUGGAAAUCAUAGAAGGAAAUGAUUUUAAUGAUAAGAACGCUAUUGAAAGUGCAUGGAAACGAACUUAUGACAUUCGUGAAGAAAUAUUAAAAACUGAAAUAUGCACAAUUGACUACGUGAACAAAUAUCCGUAUCUUCGCACUCCUGCUGGAUAUGAAUUGUUUUUGAUUGAUGCCUAUGAAAGAGCACCUGAAAUAAGGGAACUUAACUUACAUUAUUCCAUAUCAAAAAUAUGCUCCAAAAUAAUACGAAAAGCGAAACAAAUUCGAAAUGAAGCCACUGCAUCUGAUAUUUUAAAACAGUAUGAAAAUGUUGACCAUGUCGAUCAAUCGUUGUUGGCUUUGAUUGUUCUUCCAUUCAUCUUCACACCAGCACCAUGUAAGCGCAUUAGAGGUUCGACUGUGAAUAAAGCAAGCAGAGCUGAAGCAUAUCGUUUUUUUUGUUCUCAUUUCACGGCUUAUUUAUAA